AUGUCAUUAUAUUCAGAUGCCGCAUCCAUUCUCAAGAACGGUUCUGGCACCGGUGGUUCAUUCAAAGCUCGCGUCUACAAUUCAAAACUCAGGUCACCUGCCGUGCAAGUUUACGCCUUGAUAACAGAGACGGCAAAAUGGGAUAUUAUCCUCAAAGAAGUGGUUGAGAAUGCCGGCUUCCUUUCUCUCGAACCAAAGCUCACCCCCCUCCUGUCGAUCCUCCUUGCCCACGAUUUGCUAUUCGCAAAAAGAGGCAUUGCCGCGCCAUCAAAUCAUCCCUUGCGUUUGGCCAUCGAAAGGCACAAAGUUCGGAUAAAAGCAGAGUUCGUUAGAUCUCGUGUGCGCCGUCGAUGUGCCUCCAUCGAAGAGCUCAAGGCGCUCGUCGCGAAACAGAAAAACCCUACUGGGGAAGGGACUACUACAUUGGUACCUCCCAGGUGGGUCAGGAUAAAUAAUGUGCUAACAACAUUUGACGAAGAGUUGAAGACAACAUUUUCAUCCUCCAAACUAGUCCACUCGUUAUCGCAGUUAGCAGCAGCUGCACCACAAUCAUACUAUCAAGAUCCUCAUAUCCCGGACCUUCUAGCUGUUCCACAAACUGCAGAACUAACGUCAUCGACGGCAUAUAAAGAGGGGAGGAUAAUACUACAGGACAAAGCAUCUUGCUUCCCGGCCUAUUUGCUCCUUGGAGGUGCUGUGAAACAAUGGACAGGAGACUUGAUGGAUGCUUGUGCGGCACCUGGUAACAAGACAACGCAUCUUGCCUCGUUGUUGUGUUCAGGCUCGGAGCAGUGUCGUGAUGAUCUAGUUGGCCCAGCUCCACAGAAGUGUAAAAUAUUUUCAUGCGACGCCUCGCAAGCCCGGUCAAAAAUUCUACAGCGGAUGGUGACUGUUGCUGGUGCUGGCAGGAUGGUUUCUGUCCUUGCUGGUCAGGACUUCCUUGCCAUAUCACCCGAGGAUAAACGUUUCCGAACUAUAGCAGGCCUACUUCUUGACCCUAGUUGUUCUGGGAGUGGUAUAGUUGGAAGAGACGACAUACCUCGCCUGGCUUUACCUAGUUCACAUAACCCAAAUCCUCGGAGCAAGAAAAUGAAGCGCACUGCGCUCGCACCUGUUCCUUGUACACAUGCAGACCCCGCGGCUGACGAAGAGGAACCAACACCCGCCAUCGAUCAUGACCGCCUCAUCAAGUUGUCUAACCUCCAGACGCGGAUCAUUGAACACGCAUUUAGUUUCCCGGCAGCUAGACGAGUCACAUACAGCACUUGCUCCAUACAUGCGCAGGAGAACGAAGUUGUUGUUUCGCGUGCGCUGAAGUCACCGGUAGCGCAACGACGUGGGUGGCGAAUCCUUUCAAGAAGCGAACAGGUUGAGGGACUGCGAAAUUGGAAAUACCGGGGUAUAAAAUCUGAGAAGCCUGGAGAUGGAGCGAGUGAAAGCUUGGAUUUGACUGGGACGGAAUUGGAAGCGUGCUUGCGGUGUUGGCCAAACGAUGAAGAGGGUACUGGAGGGUUCUUUGUUGCUGGAUUUGUUCGGGAUGGUGGUUUUGAUGGUGACAGUAGUGCUGCAGAUACCACAAUAUCGCCUGACAACAAGGGAAGUAUUGAAGAAAACAAUGACGAUGGGGCUCAAUUGGAAGAGGAGUCCGAAUGGGAGGGGUUUGACUAG